GUCUCUCUUCUUCUCGUAAACCCAAAAACCACUCAAAACGAUCUCUGCAAAGUCCUCUCGAUUUUGAUGGAGCUUUCCGAAACCUAUGCUUGCGUUCCAUCGACGGAGAGAGGUCGUGGAAUCCUGAUCUCCGGUGACUCCAAGUCCGACACCAUCCUCUACACUAAUGGUCGAUCCGUCGUGACUCUCGACCUCAACAAUCCUUUAAAGGUCUCUAUCUAUGGUGAGCACGCUUACCCAGCUACUGUGGCGCGAUAUUCUCCGAACGGAGAGUGGAUCGCGUCGGGUGAUGUGUCGGGGACUGUUAGAAUCUGGGGAGCUUACAACGAUCAUGUGUUGAAGAAAGAGUUUAAGGUUUUGGCUGGUCGGAUCGAUGAUCUUCAGUGGUCGGCUGAUGGGAUGAGGAUCGUUGCUUCUGGUGAUGGCAAAGGGAAAUCUCUUGUUCGUGCUUUCAUGUGGGAUUCAGGAUCAAAUGUGGGAGAGUUUGAUGGACAUUCUAGGCGGGUUCUUAGCUGUGCUAUCAAGCCAACUAGACCGUUCCGUAUUGUAACUUGUGGGGAGGAUUUUCUGGUGAAUUUCUAUGAAGGUCCUCCUUUUAAGUUCAAGCUCUCAAGCAGAGAGCAUUCCAACUUUGUCAACUGUGUGAGGUUUGCACCAGAUGGAAGUAAGUUCAUUACUGUGAGUUCAGAUAAAAAGGGAAUCAUAUAUGAUGGAAAGACUUGUGAGAUACUGGGAGAACUCUCUUCUGAUGAUGGGCAUAAAGGUAGCAUCUAUGCAGUUAGCUGGAGUCCUGAUGGUCAACAGGUGCUCACUGUUUCCGCAGACAAGUCAGCCAAAGUAUGGGAUAUAUCGGACAACGGUAGCGGAACAUUGAAGACUACAUUGAAUUGUCCUGGAUCAUCAGGUGGAGUGGACGAUAUGCUUGUUGGGUGUCUGUGGCAGAACGAUCAUAUUGUCACUGUUUCUCUAGGUGGUACAAUCAGCAUAUUCUCAGCAAGCGAUCUUGAUAAAUCCCCCUUUCAGUUUUCGGGGCACAUGAAGAACGUCUCUUCCUUAGCUGUGCUUAAGGGAAACGCUGACUACAUAUUAUCCGGUAGUUAUGAUGGACUGAUAUGUAAAUGGAUGCUAGGCCGUGGUUUUUGCGGUAAAUUGCAGCGGACACAAAACUCCCAAAUAAAGUGCUUUGCUGCUCAUGAAGAAGAGAUCGUGACCUCUGGAUAUGACAAUAAGAUAUCCAGGAUUUCCUAUAAAGACGAUCAAUGCACAAAUGAAGAGUCUAUCGACAUUGGAAACCAACCAAAGGAUCUAAGCCUUGCACCACUCUCACCCGAUCUCCUUCUGGUGACAUUUGAGUCUGGAGUUGUGUUUCUCCGUGAUGGGAAAGUAGUGUCAACCAUCAACCUUGGAUUCACUGUCACUGCUUUGGCAGUAACACCUGAUGGAACCGAAGCCAUCAUCGGUGGCCAAGACGGUAAACUCCAUCUGUAUUCUAUUAAUGGUGACUCCCUCACCGAGGAAGCAGUUCUCGAGAAACACAGAGGCGCUAUCAGUGUUAUACGUUACUCUCCAGAUCUCUCUAUGUUUGCAUCAGGUGAUUUGAACAGAGAAGCAGUUGUGUGGGACAGAGUCUCCAGAGAGAUGAAACUCAAGAACAUGUUGUACCAUAGCGCCCGCAUAAACUGCUUAGCUUGGUCUCCAAACAGCACUAUGGUUGCUACAGGAUCCUUAGACACCUGUGUGAUUGUGUAUGAAGUGGACAAACCUGCUGCAUCACGCAUGACAAUAAAAGGAGCUCACUUAGGUGGAGUUUAUGGUCUGGGUUUUGCUGAUGAUUCCCAUGUAUGGCCUCCCAUGUUUCUGUUUCUCCUCCUCCUCUCUGCUUCCCGCUCCGGCGACUCAUCGCCGUCUGGGGACGCCGUCCCAUUGGACACCGGCGAUCUUAACAGACAGAGUUUUCCAAAAGGAUUCUUGUUCGGAACCGCCACGUCAGCUUAUCAGGUCGAAGGAGAGACCCACCAAGACGGUCGUGGCCCAAGCAUUUGGGAUGCCUUCGUCAAGAUUCCUGGUAAAAUUGCCAACAAUGCCACUGCUGAGAUAACAGUGGACCAAUAUCAUCGUUACAAGGAAGAUGUAGAUUUGAUGCAGAACCUGAACUUUGAUGCCUACAGAUUUUCCAUUUCAUGGUCUAGAAUAUUCCCUGAGGGAACCGGUAAAAUCAACUGGAAUGGAGUUGCUUAUUACAACAGAUUGAUCGAUUACUUGAUCCAAAAAGGGAUUACACCGUAUGCGAAUCUGUACCACUAUGAUCUUCCUCUAGCCUUGGAACAAAAGUAUCAAGGCCUGCUUAGUAAACAAGUAGUGGACGAUUUUGCGGAUUACGCAGAGUUUUGUUUCAAGACAUUUGGAGAUAGAGUGAAGAAUUGGAUGACGUUUAACGAGCCGCGUGUAGUAGCUGCUCUAGCAGCAGUCCAGAGAUACCGCCAAAACUAUCAGGAGAAACAAAAGGGAAGGAUUGGGAUUCUACUGGAUUUUGUUUGGUUCGAGCCACUUACAAGUAGUAAAGCAGACAAUGACGCUGCUCAAAGAGCAAGAGACUUCCAUGUUGGAUGGUUUAUUCACCCAAUAGUGUAUGGAGAGUACCCAAAUACGAUGCAAAACAUCGUGAAGGAGAGACUUCCAAACUUCACCGAGGAAGAAGUGAAAAUGGUGAAAGGUUCCAUAGAUUUCGUGGGGAUAAACCAAUACACGACUUAUUUCAUGUCAGAUCCUAAAAUAUCCACCACACCUAAAGAUUUGGGUUAUCAACAAGAUUGGAACGUCACGUUUAACUUUGCAAAGAAUGGGACACCAAUAGGUCCAAGGGCACAUUCAGAAUGGUUAUACAACGUACCAUGGGGAAUGUACAAGGCUUUGAUGUACAUUAAGGAACGUUAUAGCAACCCAACUAUGAUUCUCUCUGAAAACGGUAUGGAUGAUCCGGGCAACAUUACUCUAACUCAAGGACAAAAUGAUACAACAAGAAUCAAGUAUUAUAGAGACUACUUAGCACAGCUUAAAAAAGCAGUAGACGAUGGAGCCAAUCUAACUGGAUAUUUCGCGUGGUCGUUGCUAGAUAAUUUCGAAUGGUUAUCAGGAUAUACUUCAAGGUUUGGAAUAGUGUACGUUGAUUACAAGGACUUGAAGAGAUACCCCAAGAUGUCUGCUUUAUGGUUUAAACAACUUUUGAAACGGGACCAGAAAUGAGCUCAAUGUGUCCAUGAUUCGGGUUGUUAAAGAGAGGUGAAUGAAUAUGUGUAUAACUUGAGAACUUGUCUUCCUUUGACAUUUAAAUGCUUACAUAAAACAGCAGCAAGAAUUUUGGUUCUUCUAUCAUAGAACUUCUACAUUCAACAAUGUGUGCUAUCAUCUUCAUCCUCAAUUUUCUUUUUUCGUGCUAAUGGUUAUUUAGGAAACAUGAUCUUCUACAUUCUUAAUCCCUAUUCGUUUUUUGAGGGCUCAAAUUCUAUUUGUGAAGUUUUUUUUAACAUUAUAAAAAUAUUGGAUGUAA